UUCACUGCCAACAUGUCCGUCAUCGGUUCCUUGAUCUUCUGCACCGACUGCGGCAAUCUGCUGCGCGAGUCCACCGGAGAUGCGAAUGCGACUCUACACUGCAUGGUCUGCGGAGCCCGGAACAAGGACACUGUCCCUGACACCAUCGUCUCGGAAUCGAAGCCCUCCGCAUUCCCCUCGGCACUGAGAGCCAGGCGAUCUGCAGUCCAGACCCUGUCUGCCGAAGACCGGAAAACAGAGGCCCUUAUAGACAAGGUUUGCGAAAAAUGUGGGCGCAAGCAGAUGUUCUUUACCACCGUCCAGCUGCGCAGUGCAGACGAAGGAAGUACCGUGUUCUUUCGCUGUGUUUGUGGUCACAAGGAAACCACGAACAACUGA